UGAGCCUAACAUAGAGAUGCUUACACACUCCAGCAACACUGAGAGAAAUGAGGGGAGUCUGGAGUUAUGGAAACAAGGAGGACACGAUAGAGAAAGAUUUCUUCGAGGAUUUGGGGAACGAUUGAUGGCGCUUGGAAUUGGACAACCAAAUCAGGAGAAAGUGUUGCUACGUCCGCAUUCCGUACAGCACCGGUGAAAUCAUUUAUUUCUGCGUGCCUGUUGUGUUUGGAAGUAGAUAACAGCGGAGAGUAGUAACAACAUUGAGGCGAGGAAUUUCCACCGCUCAUUCCCGGGGAACCUGAAGACGCACAACUUUCGUUUAGAACCUGUUGCUUGCGUGCACUUUGGAUACUAAUUUACUCACUGUGAACAUUCUGUUCGCUUCUAAGUGUGGCCUAUUAAACACUGGAAAGUUAGAUUAGAUAUUUUUAUUUUUUUAUCUCAUUGAGGAUUGUAGCCUAGCCUGCUAUCGCGGAGCAAGUUAUAGUCUUCCAUCAAGUGCCAUGCAUGGCACCUUCUUAUCAAAUAUGAGGGAGAGGGAAAGUGUCAGAUUCAAGACAACAGCAUGAAGACAUAGACACAAAAUAACGUCAAUGCUUUCACACAAGUGGGGGGAGAAAAAAAAACAUUACUCAAAGUAUUGAACGCAAUUUCACUCAAACAUGAGUUCUUCCGGCGGCAGAAAGAUAGAUAGGCUAUAUGUCGGCGUGUUUGACUUAAUAUUUCCAUGGAACUGAAAUUUGGAAAAUAAUUAAAGCAAUUUCCCCGGAAAGAAUAGUUUUUGGGUGGCUUCAUCUUGCGACACGGUGUGAAAAUAGCGUGCACGUUGGGAGUUACGAUGCUGGUCUCUCGGGUCACAUUUAUUCAAGCGUUCCUAAUACUGCUGCUGAAAGGAACCGACCAAUGGAGCCUCCGGGAGUCCUCUAACUGCGAGCUCAAAAGGAAACAAAGUGAUCUGAACUCUUUCCUGUGGACCAUCAAACGUAACCCUCCGUCCUACUUCUACGGCACGAUCCACGUCCCUUACACGCGCGUCUGGGACUUUAUCCCAGAGAACUCCAAGAAGGCUUUCCAGGAGAGCAACAUGGUUUACUUGGAGCUGGACUUGACCGAUCCCUACACCAUCUCAGCCCUGACCAGCUGCCAGCUCCUCCCCCAGGGGGGAACCCUACAGGAUGUUCUACCCAGGGACAUCUACAGACGACUCAAGAGGCACUUGGAGUACGUCAAGCUCAUGAUGCCGUCGUGGAUGACUCCUGACCAGAGGGGUAAAGGACUCUACGCUGACUACCUGUUUAAUGCAAUAGCUGGGAACUGGGAGAGGAAGAGGCCUGUUUGGGUGAUGUUGAUGGUGAACUCGUUGACGGAGGCGGACAUCAAGACGAGGGGUGUCCCGGUGUUGGAUCUGUACCUGGCCCAGGAGGCAGAGAGGAUGAGGAAGAGGACAGGAGCCGUGGAGAAGGUGGAGGAGCAGUGUCACCCGCUCAAUGGACUGAACUUCUCUCAGGUGAUCUUUGCCCUGAACCAGACUCUUGUACAGCAGGAGAGUGUGAGAGCAGGCAGUCUGCAGGGCUCCUACACCACUGAGGACCUCAUCAAGCACUACAACUGUGGAGACCUCAACUCCAUCAUCUUUAACCACGACACCUCACAGGUCCCCAACUUCAACAACAUAACCCUGCGCCCCAGCGAACAGAUAACAGCCCAGGAGAUCGACAGCUACUUCAGACAGGAACUGAUCUACAAGAGGAACGACAGGAUGGGGAACAGGGUCAAGGCUCUGAUGGAGGAACACCCGGACAACAGCUUCUUCUUCGCCUUCGGAGCAGGUCACUUCCUGGGCAACAACACAGUGAUUGAUGUGCUGAGGAAUCAGGGCUAUGAAGUGGAGCACACUCCUGCAGGGCAACCCAUUACCAGUCGAUCGAUAUCGGCCCCCGACCAGACGGGUCGUUCUCUGGGUCAGAACCUGGAUGAGUCCCCUUACCUGGAGCCUUUCCUCCACGAACUUCAUGACGAGGAGCAACAGCACCCUCUGCAGGACAACCCACUACCCCACAUACUGCUGCCGCCUCAUCGCUCCCACAGCCUGGAGCUGAUGGACACGCUGGACCGCAAGCUGAAGCAGAAACGACGAACCAAACAGAGGAAACACCAGAGAAACGGACAGUUUAAUGACCUCUGGGUCCGCAUCGAAGAGAGCACCACAGUGGAGUCCCCCCCUCCUCCUCCUCCGCUGGUCCGUAUUAUUAAUGGUUACAUCACGGUACGGCCUCACCACCACGACCGCGAGAGAGGCCACGCCCAUGGCAGAGCCAAUUACAACAGGUUGUUGUCAGGCUCCUCCACCUCUACGCCCUUGUGUGUCUUCUGGUUACUUUUUACAGUGUUGUGUCAUUUCUGGACUCUCUAAACCCUCCUGCUAACAUCUGGACUCUAAUACCAGAUCUGUACAGGAGGUUGUUGGUUUAAAAUCCUCCUGGUAACAUCUGGACUCUAGUAGCAGCUCUAGUCUAAAGCACGAGGUUAUUGGUUCAAAUCCCUUCUGCUCACAAUGAAUAAUCUAUUUCAACACACAAUGGGGGCGAAUCCAAACUUUCCCUUACGUCAUAUUUUCAGUUAAUCAUGCAUUGAUGUCGAGUGACAGUGUGACUUAAAGGGAUACUUCAGGAUUUUGGCAAUUAAGCCAUUUAUGUACUUUCCCAGAGUCAGAUAAAUUCAUGGAUACAAUUUGUAUGUCUCUGCAUCUAGUAUGAAGAAAUGUACAGGUAGUUUCGCGAGCCAAUGCUAACUAGCGUUAGCGCAAUGACUGAAAGUCUAUGUUAUCUACUAGCAUGAAAUUGCGCUAACGCUAGUUAGCAACUUCCUUUAAACUGCCCUCAAGGGGGCAUAAAAAUGGUAUCCACAAGUUCAUCUGACUCUGGAGAAGUAGAUAAAGGGCUUUAUUGCCAAAAUCCUGCAGCAUCCCUUUAAUGGAAGUUAGGAUUGGUCCAAAUCCAUCUCAACAGGAUCUUUUUACGUGUUUUAUUAUUUCAAAUGUUUUUUUUUGUUGUUGUUUUUUUUACAGCAGCGACAUAUUAGAAUAAACCCAAACGGCUCCUACUCUAACAAGUUUGUUUUCUUCCAAUUUAUUCUUCACUUUUUGAAGAAUGUGUUUCGUAUCGCAUAAUACUGUGGGAAUUGUAUAUAUCUACAUAUUAUAGAUUGUAUUUUAGAAAUAUGACAUUUUUAAACGGUCGAAUGUGUUUUUGUUUAUUGUUGUUGUUGUUUAUAAAUAGAUACAGUAUAUUUUCUAGACUAAAGCUGGUACUAACCACCAUAACCCGUAUUUGACAGCCUGGUUCCCGAUCUGUUUGUGCUGUCUUGGCAUUGACCAUUGGGCAGGGGUAUUGAAAUUACGAGCCUAGAGGUCCAUAAUACUGCUGGUUUUAUGUUCCACCUGAUAAUUAAUUGCAUCCACCUGGUGCCCCAGGUCUAAAUCGGUCCUUGAUUUAGAGGCAAUCAACAGUGGAACUGACUUCAAGGUCAAGAUUUUGAAUUGGCUAUGUUAUAGGAGUUGGCAAGACAGAACAAAUAUACCUGGAACCAGGCUACAUAUCUCUUCUAGGUUGAAAUGUGACGUCGGGGAGAAACGAUCCAAACCAGUGUUAUCUACGGCUUGUUGUUUGUCUAUCGUAUGCUGAGAGAAUUAUGUUUUUAAUAUUUUUACAUAAUGUGUUUAAUUUAUUUAACUUUAUAGUUAUAGGUAAUGUAAACAUGUCUUGUGAUUGUUAUUGCUCAUCCCAAUGUGAUUUUCUUCAUUCUCUCUCCAGCCUCCCAGUCAGCCUAAAAGGCUGGUUUAUACGAGGUCAAACAACACGUCUGUAGACUACUAGAAUGUGACGUGUCCACAGAUCGUCUUUAGAACGACAGUAAAUCAACCUUAAGUUUGGAUCAUGUACUACUGUAUAGCAGCAGAUUGAUGAAAUGAGUUAUAUGCUGUUGUAGCUCACUGAAAUGAGUUGAAUAAGGUUGUAGCUCACUGAAAUGAGUUGUAUCUUGUUGUAGCUCACUGAAAUGAGUUGUAUCCUGUUGUAGCUCACUGAAAUGAGUUGUAUAAGGUUGUAGCUCACUGAAAUGAGUUGUAUCUUGUUGUAGCUCACUGAAAUGAGUUGUAUCCUGUUGUAGCUCACUGAAAUGAGUUGUAUCCUGUUGUAGCUCACUGACAUUUCAAUUGUGAGGCAUGAGAUGAUUGAAAUAUUUUUUGCAAAAAUGUUGAGAACAAUAAAAAUAUUUAUCUAGUUAAA